AUGAAGGUCUUCUUUAUUUCUCUGGCUCUUGCUUCCUCUGCCAUCGCGGCGUCUAUUGCUAGAAGCAGCACCGAUACCACCUGCAAAAGUGGCCAGGUUGUUGUUUGCAAAGGCAAUGGCAAUGGCCUUAUCUCCCUGGGUAAUAUCGCCCCUGGCCUGCUCGGCGCCAGUUGCUCUGGCGGGGAUGUCUACUGCUGCUCCCAAAAGGACAUCGAACAGUAUGGCCUCAUAAACCUGAACCUGAACGCCCAAUGCAGCCUGAAUCGUGUUCUGUGA